UCAUCAGCGAUGAUGUGAAUCUAACCCCACAGCUCAUAAAUGGCAGAUGUGCUACAUCGUAGCAUGUUUACUACCAGGCAGCAGUCGCGUGCAGUAGCUUGGCAGUGGCACGGUACCGAAGUGGUUGUCCAUAAAGUAUCUCCUCUACAGUUCCUUCCUAAGCAUUCUGUGACGGGACCUUUGAGAUGUUCAAGCAAACUAUCAACGCAGGCCUUUACUGACACAGAAAGCAGCAGCAGCAGCAGCAGCAGCAGCAACAGACCUGAACAGGCGAGCGCUGCCGCCCUGGCGCGUGGGCCUGAUGACCCGCCCGACCUAGCGAUGCUGGUACGACGGUUGGACGAGCUACUGCAUACAGCGGCGACUGCGGCGGAUGGAGGCACAGAGUCGCGCCGUGCAGAAGCCGCGGCGGUGGCUAUGGCAGCCCGGGGCCGGGAGCUGGGGUUGCUGCGGGGUUUCGGAGCCGUACGACAGGUGCCUAAGCGACUAUAUUCUAUUGAGGAGCUACGAUUAAACCGUGUGGAAACGGAGAAGCUGCUGAGCCCGAAGGACACGUCACUAAAUGCCGUACGUACCCAGGCGCAAGUCGCGGCAGCGCUGGGCCUUGCGGCCGCUGCCUGGGCCAACCAUUGGGACGGCGGCGGCGUCCUGGCGGCGCUGUUCGGCGUCGUGUUCGUACUCAUGGCGGACCAGGUCGCGAACGGCGGCGGAGGCGAAGCCCUGCUGGUCGACUCCCUGGGCCGGUUGCUGCGGCCCUCCUAUGCCGCCCGAGUUGCGUAUCACGAGGCGGGGCACCUGCUGGUGGCGUACCUGGUGGGCCUGAUGCCCAGGGCAUACACACUGAGCUCCAUGGAUGCCUUCCUAAGGUACCGGGCUCUCAACAUCCAGGCGGGCACCCGGUUCUGUGAUGGGGAGUUCGCGGCGGAGGUGGCGACGGGCCGACUCAAGUCGAGCAGCUUGGACAGGUACACCUGUGUGGCCCUGGCGGGUGUUGUGACUGAGUACCUAAGAUUCGGGGUGGCGGAGGGGGGACUGGGAGAUGUGCAGCAGCUGGAUGCCAUGUUCCGGGCACUGCAA